AUGUUCUCCUUGCACAUGGAAUUGGGCUUUGGAAAUGGAGUGAUUGAUGAUACUUUAUCAGCUGGUCUGUUGUUGGACAGAGAUCGUUACAUCGCUGAUAUUGGAACUGGUGUUACUGUGAUUAAUAAUCUGGCUCAAGUAGGUUCUUCUCAAGGUGUUGAAGAUAUCACUAUCUUACUCUCAGUUUUCAGUUUUUUCAAUUUUGUCAGACUCCUUGGUGGAGUUGUAUCUGAACAUUUUGUCAGGUCGAGAAUGAUUCUGCAGACAGUUUGGGUGACAUGCACAUAG